AUGGCCCAGCACCAUAGCCACAACCCUCACCAGGUGCUGAUGGAUCCAUCGCACAUGGGGCACCCGCGACACAUGGGCUCUUCGCAUUUUGCUGCUCCAGGCUCGGUUGUUGCACCGCUCUAUCCUGCCAUGGCAACGCCGCCCCAGGUCCACGGCCAACAUCCCUCCAUCAAGCGACCUCGACCCGAUGACCUCGACCUGUCCGUGGCGCCGAUCGGAGACCUGGACCACAGUGAACUGGACAGCAUGCAAACACCUUUAGGCGCAACCUAUGCCGAAGCUUCUGGUUCCAUGCAGCCGCCGAUGCAUCAUCAUCACAGGAUGCCAGACUCGGGCCCCCCUUCCAAGCUGAUGAGGAGGGAUGGAGAAUCGCUGGGCGGCGGAGGGGCUCCCAGUGUAGUGGGACAGGCCGGGAUGCCUGCACCAGCGAUGAGGCCGCGAGGGCCGAAGCUCAAAUUUACCCCAGAAGACGAUCAGCUUCUGAUUGAGCUGAAAGAGAACAAAAGCCUUACAUGGAAACAAAUCGCCGACUUUUUCCCCGGUCGCUCCUCAGGCACCCUACAAGUCCGAUACUGCACCAAGCUCAAGGCGAAAACCACGCAGUGGACUGACGAAACGGACCAGAAACUACAAUCAGCCCUGCAAGACUACGAAAGCGAGAAGUGGCGCAUUGUUGCCAACAAGGUCGGGACUGGCUUCACGCCAGCCGCGUGCCGAGAGCGCGCACAAGAACUUCUUGAAGGUCCUUUAUAG